AUGGCCUCCGUCGUCAAGCUUCUCUUUGUUGUGUUACUUCUUCAUAUCUUUGCAGACAUCGUCGCAAGUCAGCCAUGCGGCCUCACCAGCAUUCAGGUGCAGCAGACCAACACAGGCGCCAAGGUCGGGAACGAUCCAGUGUUUGAGGUGGAGGUGAAGAACUUGUGCCACUGCAACGUUGCGAAAUUGCUCCUGCGAUCGGAGGGCUUCGCAAGCUCCAUGCUAGUCGACCCCAAGCUGUUUCGGCGAGAGGGGAACGACUACCUCGUCAACGACGGGAAGAGCAUCCAAAGUUCACUCUCUGUCAAGUUCAGCUACGCAUGGGACAGGGCCUUCACGAUGUCUGCUGAAAGCUUCCUAAUCCAACAGAAUUGCAAAUGA